GGAGUGGUUUGGGUCGAAUUUUGAGCUGUUGUCAGAGGAUCCCCUUUCCCUGUUUAAAUCUGUGUCCCAGUGGAAGCCGAAGAGACCAUGAAGGAGAGACGGGCCCCCCAGCCGGCUGUGGCCAGAUGUAAACUCGUCCUGGUAGGGGACGUGCAAUGUGGGAAGACAGCGAUGUUACAGGUGCUAGCUAAGGACUGCUACCCAGAGACUUAUGUGCCUACUGUAUUUGAGAAUUAUACAGCCUGUCUGGAGACGGAGGAACAAAGGGUAGAGCUCAGUCUCUGGGACACCUCAGGUUCUCCCUACUAUGACAAUGUCCGUCCACUCUGCUACAGCGAUUCAGAUGCAGUAUUGCUAUGCUUUGACGUCAGCCGUCCCGAGACUCUGGACAGCGCACUCAAAAAGUGGAAGAUGGAGAUUCUAGAUUACUGCCCCAGUACCCGAGUGCUGCUCAUUGGCUGUAAGACAGACUUAAGGACGGACCUGAGCACACUGAUGGAGCUGUCCCACCAGAAGCAGGCACCCAUCUCCCAUGAACAGGGUUGUGCCACGGCCAAGCAACUAGGUGCUCAGAUUUACCUGGAAUGUUCAGCCUUCACUUCUGAAAAGAGCGUCCACAGCAUCUUCCGGACAGCUUCGAUGGUGUGCCUGAACAAGGGCAGCCCCCUCCCACCCAAGAGCCCAGUGCGCAGCUUCUCCAAACGACUCCUGCAUCUUCCCAGCAGAUCUGAACUCAUCUCUUCUACCUUCAAGAAGGAAAAAGCCAAAAGCUGUUCUAUUAUGUGAAGGGAAGGUCUGGGGGUGGGGGGGUUGCCUCCCAUUUCCUCCCACUUCCUCUCCUAGGGAGAGGAGGCAUGGGAAGAGGGAGGAUGAGACAUUUUAGGACACCAGACAUGAGUUUUUUCAGAUAGCCAAGGUGAGGGCUUAGAAAGUGACAGGGACGGUACGGGCCCAGGACAAGGAUCUGAUACAGAGGGAGAAUCAUCACACCCCAGGCCAGGCAAUAGAGUCACGGAGGGGGCCAGUUUACUCCAGUGCCCCCUGCCUGGGAAGAAGGAAAAGUGUGGGGGGUGCCGGAGGUACUCUGGCCUCGUGGGCCCAGGGCCAGGUGCCUCCAUCUUCAGCAUCUUCCAUGCAGUGUUUCCAUGUAAGUCUGGGAGGCAGAUAAGGAAGGCUGACUCCCCGGUUCCCCUCCCAGGAGACAGCCAGGGAGUGGGGAUGCACAGAGUAGGCAGCAGGGGGUCUGCCCUGGCAGCUUAGCUUGGGUACUUCCUAACUGAAGUCAGAAGGGCUACGGUUUAGUCAGAGCCAUUGAGAAGGAAACUCAUCUCUUUGCACAGCCCAUGUCUCAUGUAGAUGUGACAUUAAACAUCCAUAUGCUUCUCACCCAAGUCCCCAGGGUCCAAGGGAGAAGCCCUGACCCCCUUCUCCUGCCAGAGCAUGAGGUGGGGGCAUGCUGCCAGGGCAGGGGCAGGCGGGGGCACAAGUUUUCUCAGCCUUCUGCGGGGGCAGCACAGGUGGAAUUUGUUUUAUAGACUUUUGUCUUUGGAGUUGGUUAGUU